AUGGCAUCCACCGAGAAAAGACCUGACCUCAUCGCCAUUGCGCGCGACCUGCCCGGCGUGCCGAUGUGCGAUGAUUACGAGAAAAUGAUCUCUGGCAUGUUGUACAACCCCCUCCUUCCCCGCCUCGUCGAGGGCCGGCACCGGUGUCGCAUCUUGACAAGCGACUACAACCGCCUCGACCCACGUACAGUAUCAUUCGAUAAAAUCGCUGAGGCCCGUUUCGAUCUUCUGCAGAAGCUGGUCGGCCGUGUCGGUGAGGGCACUUUCGUCGAGCCGCCUUUUCGCCCGGAUUAUGGGUGCAAUGUCGUCAUUGGGCGGGAUUGUUUCUUGAAUUGGAAUUGUACCAUUCUUGAUACUUCCCUGGUGAUCAUCGGUGAUCGUGUCCAGAUGGGCCCUAAUGUCGGUAUCUUCACUGCGGGCCAUGAGACGAGCGUCCUAUCCCGGCGCAAAUUCGUUGAAUUUGGACAUGCUGUGAAGAUUGGCGACGACUGCUGGAUUGGUGGUAAUGUAGUCAUUCUGCCUGGAGUCACUAUUGGCGAGGGCUGUACUAUUGGGGCCGGUUCGGUGGUUACCAAGGACAUUCCCCCAUUUUCCGUGGCCGUGGGAAAUCCAUGCAAAGUGCGCAAAACGAUUCAGUCUGCAGAGGAAGAAGAAAAUGAUCCGGAGAAUCCCUACAGGAAUAUGGUCAGGGAGCUGUGA